AUGGAAGAUGUUUUGGCUGAAAAAUUGUCAAGAGUUUGCAAGUUCGAUUUGCCAUUCAUCCCUUGUAGCAUUCCCUUUGAAUGCCAUCCUGAUUUUACUAGGAUAUCCAAAGAUACUGAUGCAUGGGCUCUUAGAAUGUUGAGUAUCACUGAUCCAUAUGAGAGAAAGAAAGCUCUUCAGGGAAGACAUAGCUUGUAUAGCCCAAUGAUUAUUCCAAGAGGGGAGAGCAGCAAAGCGGAGCUUUCAUCAAAGCAUACAUGGACUAUGUUUGUUUUAGAUGACAUUGCCGAGAAUUUUAGUGAGCAAGAGGGAAAAAAAGCUAUUGAUAUUCUUCUUGAAGUUGCUGAGGGAAGCUAUGUCUUAAGCGAAAAAGAGAAGGAGAAGCAUCCUAGCCACGCCAUGUUUGAGGAAGUGAUGUCGAGCUUUCGGAGUCUCAUGGAUCCCCCACUGUUUGCUCGCUACAUGAAUUGCUUGAGAAACUAUCUGGAUUCUGUGGUGGAGGAGGCCUCUUUGCGAAUUGCCAAAUCUAUUCCAAGCCUCGAGAAGUACCGGCUGCUCCGGAGAGAGACAAGCUUUAUGGAAGCAGACGGAGGCAUUAUGUGUGAGUUUUGCAUGGAUCUCAAGUUGCAUAAGAGUGUGGUGGAAUCCCCAGACUUCGUAGCCUUUGUCAAGGCAGUGAUUGAUCACGUCGUUCUUGUCAAUGAUCUCCUUUCCUUCCGACACGAGCUGAAAAUCAAGUGCUUCCACAACUAUCUCUGUGUCAUCUUUUGCCACAGCCCGGAUAAUACAAGCUUUCAAGAGACUGUGGACAAGGUAUGCGAAAUGAUCCAGGAGGCCGAAGCCGAGAUCUUGCAACUCCAACAGAAGCUGAUUAAGCUGGGCGAGGAAACUGGGGACAAAGAUCUGGUGGAGUAUGCAACAUGGUACCCUUGUGUGGCAUCUGGAAAUCUUCGCUGGUCAUACGUCACAGGACGCUACCAUGGACUUGACAAUCCGCUGCUGAAUGGUGAACCAUUCCAAGGAACCUGGUUUCUACAUCCAGAAGCCACCCUCAUCUUGCCAUUGGGAUCCAAAUGCGGCAAUCAUCCAUUUAUCACGAUUUGAUUUUAUGUCUUUGGGAAAUGUAUUGUGUUCUAUAAUAAACUGGAAUUGUUUUGAGUUCUAAAAUUAAAUAAAAGGAGAAACAGGGUUUAGUGAA